ACACAGGCGACGUUGCCAGUUAAUCCCAAGCCAUUUCUCAAUGGUUUGACUGGAAAGCCUGUGAUGGUGAAGCUAAAAUGGGGAAUGGAGUACAAAGGCUAUCUUGUCUCUGUCGAUGGAUACAUGAACUUACAGCUUGCUAACACAGAAGAAUACAUAGAUGGAGCAUUGACAGGGAAUCUGGGUGAAGUGUUAAUAAGGUGUAACAAUGUUCUUUACGUGCGGGGUGUGGAGGAAGAAGACGAGGAAGGUGAAAUGAAAGAGUAGCCAAGGACAGUGCAUUUCUGUUUGCUCCCUCAAUAUUUUGCUGUAAACUGUGUGCAUCAUGUUUUUAAUUUUUGCACGUGUCCUCCGUCAGUCGUGGCGAGCUGUUGUUAAAGUCUCGAAUCGGCUUUGUGGCAUCGGGCCACGGCUUCUAGCAAGCAUCGGCGAAGAGUUUACCGACACUAGCGUCGCACAUCCAGCAGUGGAGGUAAUGCAUUAGUUUGAACGUCAGGUUGCUCACUGUAACAUCGUUGUCGACGUGAAUAACGAAUGUCCACCGGAAGAAUGCAGGAAAUAUCAAGAAUUCAGUUUUUUGUACAUUCCAUGAAGUUGAAUUUUUUUAAGCCAAUAUUUUUGGUUUGACGAUGUCAGCUGCAUUCAAGAGUUUAUCGUUUUUACAGUGUUUUUGUAAUAAAUACAUCAACAAAAUCAA